AUGGAGUUCCAGGCCGACCACCGCCGAGUGCACGUGAAGCAGGUCAAGAUCAUCGAGGCAGCCUCCAACCCCAAGCUGCUGCUGAGCUUCCUCAACAACGGCCUCCAGAAUAUCAUGCGAAGACUGGACUACACCGAGAUCGGCAGGACCGGCAGGUACUUCAACUGCAACGGCGAGAGACAGCAGAUGGACAACCUCUACCUCUACAGCGGCUUCAAGGCCAACUUCGUCCACCUGGAGGCAGGGUACUUCCUGAGGGUGGACUCCGUGAAGAAAGUGGUAAGAACCGAAACCGUCCUAGAAUAUAUCGACAGCUUCUACAGGAUGUACGAGGGGAAAGACAGAGACGAGAAGAGGAUGGCACUCAAGGAAAGCCUCAUCGGCACGAUCGUCAUGACGAACUACGGUAAGAUGCAAUACUACAAGGUGAAGAACGUGCUUUUCAUCAAGGGAGAGGAGGUGAUGCUGGACGAAAACCUAUCCAUGACCAAAUACUACUACGACAAGUAUAAAGUCGAGAUCCAUAAGCCAACCCAACCACUGCUGGAAGUCGAACCCAAACGCAGGUACAACCAGGGGCUCGUCCUCCUCUUCCCAGAGGUGUGCCUCAUGACCGGAAUCCCAAGCAGCUUCGACGAGUUGAGGAGGAAAAAGAUUUCAGAGUGCUCCAUCAGGAACCCCGAGGACAAGGUCUCAGAGAUCCAAAGCCUAAUGGACAAGCUGAAGCCAACGGAGGGAAUCAAUGUGCUGCAGCAGUUGGGCAUGGACGUCAACCCCAACAUGUCGAAAUUGAUAGGGAGGGUGAUCUCAGUCCCGCGCCUGCAGCUGGGCGGCAACAACUCAGUGGAGAGCGGAAAGGAGGCCGGCUUCAACCUCCACAGCAAGCCCAUCUACCAGUACAAGCACAAGGUCUGCCUCGCCGUCAUCUACUUCCACGGGACCAAGCUCGACGAGCUGCUGGAGACCUUCAGGAAUACCAGCAAAGCCCUGGGCAUCGAGAUGAGAAUGAAAACCUUCCAGCUAGCCACUCGGAGCCUCAAGGACAUGGAGAGGCAAAUGAAGGAAGCGCUGAGCGGAAACUUCGGAGGCAACAUCUGCCUGCUGAUCCUGCCCGCCAACUGGAAGAGCGACUACAAGAAGCUGAAAAAGUACGCCAUCGAGCAGGUGGGGAUACUGACCCAGGUGAUGACCGACCUGACCCUCAGGAGGCGCAGCCUGAUGAGCAUCGCCACCAAAGUCCUCCUGCAGAUCGUCGCCAAGAGGGGCAACACGCUGUGGGUCCCGUAG